GAUGCAUAUACAGCAUACACUACUAUCGAUAUAACCCAUCCGCUUAAACAGACGGGUUCGGACACCAUACAGUACCGGACAGAGAUACAAAAACAGAGAAGCAGAAAGUGUAAUACCCCAAAAUGAGGCUCACUCACGAUUUUGUUUCGAAUGCGCCAUCUCAUUUGAACCCGUUGAAGGAGAGAGAAUUGGAGCUUAGGGGACUUCAAAUACCCGUUAUUGAGAAUUUGGCAUCUCACCAAGGGACAUACGACACUCUCAACCUUAACGACAACUCCAUUACUGUUCUCGGUAACAUUCCCAAUUCACCACGAUUGCAAGCUAUACAUGCUGCCAACAACCAAAUAUCGUCAAUCAGCCCCUCAUUACCUCCUAAUAUCCCUAAUCUUGUGACUCUCGUUCUUACCGAUAAUGCUAUCUCAUCCCUCGCCUCCCUUAUUCCUCUCGAAACAUUGACAUCCUUACGGCAUCUCUCCCUCAGAGGAAACCCUGUAACUCAACAAGAACACUACAAGGAGUUUGUAGUUUGGAAGGUGGCCAAGGGAAACCUCCAUACUCUCGAUUUCGAACGUAUCAAAGACUCAGUCCGUGAAUCCGCCAGAAAACUCCUCACCGACCCGCUCACCUCCCUCCCCAACUCCCUUGCCCACCAGCUCUCAAUCCCCACGACAUCCAACAUUCCUGGCUCUACUUUGAGUAUCAAGGCUCUCCCUUCAAAUGGCGUGCAAAAGGGACCAGGUGCAAAGGGAAGGUUAAUGACACCAGAUGAGAAGAGAAGAGUUGUGGAGGCGCUUACUAGAGCGCAAACGGCGGACGAGGUGAGGAAGUUGGAGAGAAUGCUGGCAGAUGGAUUGGUUCCAGAUGGUGGUGUGGAUGAGGCAGUUGAGGGUGCCGUUGAGGUGAAUGGAUCAUAAGGACUGAGAGUCAGACGAAAAGUACAUACAGAUUGUCUAGACGAUGUUAUCGAUUUCGCAUGGACUUUCAUGUUACUAUA